UACCGUAGCCCCGCCCCCCUCUUCAGACCGAGGAAGGCUGCAGAGCUCCGUGUCAUGCUCCCCCACACCCACCCCCCCGUGGGCAUCGGCCUGCCCCUCCCCAGCUCUGCCACCUACCACCUGGCCAGACCUGCCUUCCUCCGCGUCCUGUGCCUCCUGUCGACGCUGCUGUCGCCGGCCUCCUCCUGCCUGCCUUCCUGUCGCUGCGGCCCGGGCGGCGCGGCGGUGGACUGCGGGGGCCGGGGUCUCUCCUCGCUGCCCCCACUUCACCUCCUGGCUCCGGGGAGCCGCUCCCUCCUGCUGGCCAACAACAAGCUGGCGGCGCUGGGAGCCUCGGCCUUCGCCAACCUCUCCUCCCUGGAGGAACUGGACCUCUCUAAUAACUACCUGGAUAACUUACCGGCUGGAUUAUUCAGAGACAUGUCCAACCUGACGAGACUGACUCUGCACAACAACUCGCUAACAGUAAUGGACAGAGAUCUCUUCCAGGGUCUGGGUGGUCUUCAGAGCCUGGAUCUGUCCCUGAAUGGGCUGUCCUCUGUUCCGCUGGGGCUACUGGAUGAGCUGCAGAGCCUCAGGUGGCUGUCCCUGGCAGGUAACCGGCUCCAUGGUUUGGAGAGGGCGGCGUUUGAGCCGCUCGCAAUCCUGCAACACCUGGAACUGGGACACAACCCCUGGGAGUGUGACUGCAACCUCCGUGAUUUCAAACACUGGAUGGAGUGGCUGCUGUACAGAGGGGGGAGCGUGGACGCGGUGGAGUGCACGCUGCCGAAGGACCUCCGUGGACGGGACAUCCGCGGCGUUCCGGUGGAAAUGUUCAACUACUGCCUCCAACUCGAGGACGAGAACGGGGGCGCCGGAGGGGAGGGGUCCCGCACGGGACAAGGAGGCGCCCCGCCCUGCAGCAGGAACGCUCUCAACCCCAGCGGGGCCACGCCGCUCUCCCACGACGGCUCCCCUUCAAACGCGGGAGGCGGAGGAGGAGGUGGAGGCGGCGAGGCCCCACCGGAUUGCGUCCGCGCCCGCUACCGGCCCGUGAGCGUGCGCCGCGCCAUCGGCACGGUGGUGAUCGCCGGCGUGGUGUGCGGCAUCGUCUGCAUCAUGAUGGUGGCGGCGGCGGCCUACGGCUGCAUCUACGCCUCGCUGAUGGCCAAGUACCAGAGGGAGCUGAAGAAGCGGCAGCCGCUGAUGGGGGACGGGGAGGCCGACGGCGACGAGCGUGAGGAGAGGCAGAUAUCCUCCGUGGCCUAGAGGGGGCGUGGCGUGGCGGAGGGGG